UUACGAUGGGUAGACUGGGCUGAAUUUUACAGAAGAGGGAAAAAGCAAUUUCUAAUUAGGAAAUAUGUUGUGAAGGUUGAAAGUAACUGGUAUUAUAUAAAGAGAAUAUUGGGUUCAAUAACAUUCAAAUCGAAGAUUUCUAAAUAACAGUCAUCUUGAUAUUUCGUUUUCCGGGCCAAUUUCCUCAGUGCUCAACAUAAAAUAAAAAGAUCUAUAGACGUUUUAUGAGAAACAGAAAUUAACCUCAAUAAAGUUUGGCACAAUAACAAAACCAGCGCAAACAGUCAACAUUUCAACCUCAAACGUCAACAAUGCCGCGAAAAUCAAUUUAACUCGCAAUCCGACAAAGUGAAAUAUGUCUCAGAAAACGAGAAAAUGGUUCAAAUCUGUAUUCGCGGACGAUUCCCUAAACGAAGCUCCAACACCCUCAAAGAAACCGCGGCAAAACGAUACUAUUGACCUUACUCAAGACGACGGUGAUGACUGUUCAAUCACUACACCUUCGACAAGAAGACCCAAUGAAUCAAAAGUAAAACCUCAUACACUAAAAUCGAUCAAUCCAACCUCAUCAAAUUGGAUAGAACGCUUUGAACCUCGCACUGUUACCGAUUUGGCGGUUCAUCCUAAAAAAAUUGCAGAAAUUCAAGACUGGCUGCGACAUUAUGAAGCUACGAAAAAGAAGUAUCCAGGACAGAUGCUACUUAUCACCGGUCCGGCUGGAUCUGGAAAAACGGCCACCGUAAGAGUUGUAGCGAAGGAGAUGAAGUACGAAUUGGUUGAGUGGAUAACGCCAGUCGAUGUUGAUUUGGUGAGAAGUGCUCCGUCGCUUGCAUAUAAUGAAGACAACAUGUACAGGGAGUCCCAGGUGGAUAUCUUCAAGCAGUUUCUCUUCAAAUCGUCGAGAUAUUCUUCCCUGUUUGAUUCCGUGCAGAGGAGGUUGAUUCUAGUGGAAGAUUUCCCCAAUGUGUUUGUACGCGAUUCGGGAGGAUUUGAAGAUAUAUUGCAAAACUAUCGAGACUUUGGAAAAUCGCCGCUUAUAUUCAUCGUCACCGACUCGAAAAGUAAACAAUUGAAUUUAGCAUAUAAUUUGUUUCCAGAUAAUAUUCGUGGCCAAUAUCAAAUUCCAAAUAUAAGUUUCAACCCUGUGUCCGCUACGUUAAUGAAAAAAGCAUUAAGUCGAAUAUGUAAUCUGAUGCAACAAGAUGGUUUCAGUCAAUUCUACAGAGUUCCAGCCGCCAAUGUUAUUGAAAGUAUCAACCUGUCGUCACAAGGUGACAUCCGAAAUGCGAUUAUAAAUUUACAUUUUGCAUCAUUGAAAGGUGCCCCGUCUCUGGAAACGAACAAUUUAGUCAAAUCCAGCAAAAACCAAAAACAGUCAAGUAAGAGAUCUUCUGCAAAAUCAUUGAAAUCAAUUGGUCGAGAUGAAAGCAUAACAUUGAUGCACGCGCUGGGACGCGUUUUUAAUCCAAAAUAUGAAGAAGGCUCCAAACCUCGUAAAUUCCUCCACAUUCCCGAAGAUUUAACCGAUGCAUUUUCAUCUGAACCCAAAAUGUUUGUUGAUUUUCUACACUCGAAUUACUUGGCGCAUUUCAGUUCUAUAGAGAAUGCCCUGAGUGCCGCUGAUAGUCUCAGUUUGGGUGAUAUUUUGUUGGCUGAAUAUCGUGACGACAGUGUAGGACGUUUAGGAUUAAAUGUAGCAAUUCGCGGAUUAAUGGUUUCGAAUGAAAAACCUGUUAGUGGCUGGUUGCCAGUGAAAGGACUCAAAAGGGUGGAGAAUCAAAGGGGGAAACUGGAGGAAGAAUUGAAAAAAGUAGGCGUCAAACAUGAGUUAUCGGCAAAUGUUUUAGUGUCUGACUAUCGAACUUAUGUACGAAUUAUCAAGGCGGAGGAGACGAACUAGUGUUCCUUUGUAUGGUUUAAGUUUAUAAAUUAUUAUGUACAC